AUGAGUGAAGAUGAUGAGGCGCCGAAGGAUUUUAAUGACGCGCUGAGGGGCACAGAAGACGCGUCGGAUUGGCUGAUCGGCGGAAACGGCCGGUCGAAUUCUCACGUGGUGCUGCACGACCGUCUGAUGACCGACGCGCUGUUGGGCAAUGCCCCUAUCAAGGCCGAACACUCGUAUUGUACCACUCACGGGUCUAGCGAAUCGCUGGACGCUAUAGAUUUGGACGAAGAUAGCAGCCAGGACGGAACUUGCAAGCUGACAUUUGAUGAAGUGAGAUGUGAUCGUACCAAUAACAUUGAAAUGAUUAGUAUCAAAGAAGAUACGAAUUCAGUAAAAGAUGAACCGAUGAGUGACCAGGAAUAUGUUGAGACUUCCUCUUGCCCGCCAUCACCAUGUUCUGCGUCUGAUGAUACGCCCAGACAUUAUGGCAAGGUACAGAAAACUAGUUACAAAGAACCCACAACUGUCGUAUUGACCUCUAGAGCAUUCCUUAAUCAACCACACAGAUUAAUCGUCCCAAACUUUGGUCUGAAAAUGGAUGGCACAGGUUUUUCAUUGCCACCCACGCCACCUUCUUCCACGUCAAGCGACAGCGAGGGCGGUAACGUAUCACCGCACCACCGAUCGUCGCCCACACGGCGGUUGUUCCUGUCGACGAUGCCAUCGUCGUGCUCGUCGUCUUCAUCGUCUGCCGCAGCCUCAGCCACCAUUAGCAGCAGCCGGCAGCCUAUACAGACGCCUUUGAUCAGUUGUCAACCAAAAGGUUCUACCGGUGCACUGACGCUUACGGAAGAGGAGAAACGUACCCUGCUGGCCGAAGGCUACCCGAUACCUACCAGGUUGCCAUUGACCAAGGCUGAGGAGAAGUCGUUAAAGAAAAUCCGAAGGAAAAUUAAAAACAAGAUAUCGGCACAAGAAAGCCGACGCAAGAAGAAGGAAUAYAUGGAUACUUUGGAGAGGAAGGUGGAGAUUCUCGUCACCGAAAAUUGCGAGUACAAAAAGAAAAUUGUUAACCUCGAAGAGAGCAAUGGGUCCCUAGUCCAGCAACUGCAAAAAUUGCAGAAAUUACUCGGGCUACAAGCGACCCACAUUAGUCAGCAAUUGAAGACCAAAUAAUUACAAGCUUUUUAGUGGUGUAAAAACUAUAUAUAACGAAUGACCAAUGGUGCAAAUACAAUAUGUUUAGGAGUUUUAGUUCAAUGUCGACAGCUAGUCCAUGAUAUAACUAAAUGCGCUUCUGCGAGUAUUCAUAUUUAACCAUAACACUGCAUGUUUAUAUAAGUACGCUGACGAGAUACUCGCAACGACACAAGAUAAAAUUAUUUAUUUUUGACGUUCAGCCAAUAUUUUAAAGACAGAAUUUUAAUUCACGGCUGAUAGAGUUUAUGAAAUAAUAUGAAAUGCAAAUCACAUUUAUGACUACAUAUAAUAAACGUAUUAUUAUAUUCUGUAAGAAAAAAACGACUGAUGAAAUAAACACCAAUUAUCGGAUAAAAGUGAUGUUUUUGAUGCACUUGUGCAUCAUAAUAAAUCAAAAAUAAUUAACUUUUAAUCUCAUUAUUACUCGUUGUAAGUGCCAAAAUUAUAAUUAUAAACAUAUGUAUGUAAAUUUUUUUAAAUUGCUUGUAUCUGUGCCUGCCACAUGUAUAUGCUAUACAGACGUUAUAUUUUGUCUAUGUUAUAUAUUUAUAAAUCGAUAAACAAACAAUAAUGUUAAGGAUCGUUUUCCUAGAGUAUUAAUAAAAUAAAUUUAUAAUACAAUUUUGUUGUUUGUACCUAAAUUUA